UUGUCCUGGUUGAUGCAUGCAAUGUCUGAGCAGGGGAACGCAACCCUAGUAUGUUUGGAGAACAGCGCCGCAAGGUUUGGCCAGUGUAUUUCUACCAAAGCGCGCACACAGGAAUUGUAUGAAAUUGGUAACUACAAAACGUUACCUUCGAUUCGCUGUGGAAAUCGAGCAGUUGAAGGGAUAAGUACGCUCCCUUUUUUUUGUUGGUUGCUAUGGCAGCCAAGGCAUCGAAAGGGAAGUGGGGGGCCCUGAAGGAGCACCUGACUAGCAGCCCCCCCGACCGAGAUGCUCACCUUGAGGCCAACUUGGAGAACUCAGUUCCAGAGCUAUGCAUACGACUGCUACAGGUACCCACAGUGGUCAACUACUCAGGGGUGUGGCGGCGUCUAGAGGGGAGUGACCAGGAAUGGAUGGUGCAGUUCCUGGAGCUCAAUGGACUGGAUCUGCUGAUGGAGGCUCUGGAGAGGCUGUCUGGCCGGGGUUGUGCCCGCAUCGCUGACGCCCUCCUCCAGCUCACUUGUGUGGCCUGUGUGAAGGCAGUGAUGAACUCCUCAGCUGGGCUGCACUUUAUACUGGACAAUGAGGGCUACGUCAGGACCCUGUCACAAGCCCUGGACACGUCCAACACCAUGGUAAAGAUGCAGGUGUUUGAGCUGCUGGCGGCCCUCGCCUUGUUUAACCCACAGGGACACCACCUGGCCAUGGAUGCCCUGGAGCACUAUAAAAGUGUGAAUAUGCAGCAGUACCGCUUCAGCGUCAUCAUGAAUGAGCUGCAUGCGACUGACAAUGUUCCGUACAUGGUCGUCCUCAUGAGUGUGGUCAAUGUGAUCAUCUUCGGGGUAGAAGACCUGAGGAAGAGGGACAAACUACGCAAAGAGUUCAUCGGGCUUCAAUUACUACAAUUACUUCCAAAACUUAGAGAGACCGAGGAUGUGGACCUGAACAUCCAGUGUGAGGCCUUUGAGGACACCAUGGCAGAGGAUGAGGAGGAGAUGGAGAGGGUGUACGGGGGCAUCGACAUGAGCAGUCACCAGGAAGUCUUCACCACACUCUUCACCAAAUUGAGUAGCUCCCCUGCAUCGGUGCAGCUGCUGUCGAUCCUGCAGGCUCUGUUGUUGGUAGGUCCGGAGCAGAGCGAGGUGUGGCUGGCCCUGGAGGCCCUGGCAGACCGCGCUACUUUGCUAGCACAGGACCCUGAUGUUGACUCCACCAAGCGCCUGAUGGAACGUCUGGUGUCCUCCAAGGGUCAGCAAGGGUCACCUAAGGUCAAGACCACAGACCGGGGCGUUCAGAUUGACCGAUCAAUCUGUCCAUCAGGUCUAUCAGAUGUCCUCAUUAAAGAAUCUACCACCCCUGUUGCCACUUCACCUCCUCCUCAUCUACCACCACCCCUACCAAGCAUGAGAACUUUUGUCCCACCACUUCCUGGCUUCUCUGGGAUGCCUCCCCCUGGCCUCCCUCCUCCGCCACCACCUCUACCACAGAUGGGACAUGGAGGUCCACCGCCUCCCCCACCCCUGCCAGGCAUGAUGGGUCCACCGCCUCCCCCACCAGGCAUGAUGGGUCCACCGCCUCCCCCACCCCUGCCAGGCAUGAUGGGUCCACCGCCUCCCCCACCCCUGCCAGGCAUGAUGGGUCCACCGCCUCCCCCACCCCUGCCAGGCAUGAUGGGUCCACCGCCUCCCCCACCCCCGCCAGGCAUGAUGGGUCCACCGCCUCCCCCACCCCUGCCAGGCAUGAUGGGUCCACCGCCUCCCCCACCCCUGCCAGGCAUGAUGGGUCCACCGCCUCCCCCACCCCUGCCAGGCAUGAUGGGUCCACCGCCUCCCCCACCCCUGCCAGGCAUGAUGGGUCUACCGCCUCCCCCACCCCUGCCAGGCAUGAUGGGUCCACCUCCUCCCCUUGGUGGCGAUGAAAUUAUAGUGGCCCAGAGUGUGCAGAUGCGAUCCUGCUACGCCUCUUCACCCAAGGUGGGCCGCUGCCCCACACUGCGUAUGAAGAAGCUCAACUGGCAGAAGCUGCCAUCCAGAGUGGUGACUGAUAGUCACUCCAUGUGGACCUCGGUACAGGUAGAUUCUCUGGAGCCUGACUACUCCAGUAUUGAGGAGCUUUUCUGUCUGCCAGUGACUGACUCAAAAGCCAAAGGCAGCACCCCUGCAGUCAAACAGGAGCCCAAAGAGAUUUCUUUCAUUGAUGCCAAGAAAAAUCUUAACCUGAACAUAUUCUUGAAACAAUUCAGAUGCUCGCAUAAGGACUUUGUGGCCAUGAUUCAAAAAGGUGACCGGUCCAAGUUUGAUGUGGAGGUGCUGAAACAGCUGCAAAAGCUACAGCCAGAAAAGCAUGAGAUUGAGAACCUGAAGUCCUACCAGGGAGAGCGGGAGAAGUUAGCUGGUGUGGAUCAGUUUUAUCUCCAGCUCCUAGCUGUUCCAUGCUACGCGCUGAGGAUCGAGUGCAUGUUGCUGUGUGAGGAAAUCAGCUCAGUGUUACAGAUGAUGCAGCCUAAAGUUAAGCUGCUGGACGAGGCCUGUGAGAGUCUGAGAGUGAGCACUCGACUGCCAAGCUUCUGCAUGCUCAUUCUGGACGUUGGAAACUUCCUCAACUAUGGAAGCCACACAGGGAACGCUGAGGGCUUCAAGAUCAGCACACUGUUGAAACUCACUGAAACCAAGGCCAAUAAAAGUCGCAUCACGCUGCUCCACCACAUCCUAGAGGAGGCUGAGCAGAACCAUGAUGACCUGUUGAACCUUCCAGAUGAUCUAGAGAUCUGUGAGAAGGCUGCUCGUGUGAAUUUGGAGUCUCUCCAGUCAGAGGCGAGCUUGCUCAUCAAGCGGUUGAAAGAUUCAGAGAAGAAGGUGGCUUCCUCCUCUGUGGCGGCCAUCAAGGAGCAGUAUCUCACUGCCAUACAGGGAAGCCAGGAGGCCUGCAGGGAACUGGAGGCGAGGUUUGCCUCCAUCGACAGGAAGAAGGAGGAUCUGGCACAGUAUCUGUGUGAGGACUCAUCCCGUCUCUCCCUGGAGGACUUGUUCAGCACUUUACAUUCCUUCAGGGGACUCUUCAUCAAAGCUCUCAAGGACAAUCAGACCCGCCGAGAGCAAGCGAUUAAGGCUGAGAAGAGGAAGAAACAGCUGGAAGAGGAGGAUUCCAAGAGACCAAGGGGGGAGAACAGGAAGAUAAUUCGUAAAGCCCCCCCGGUCCAGGAGGGCUGCAUCAUUGACCACCUGCUGUCUGACAUCAGGAAAGGCUAUGCGCUGAGGAAAACCAAGCACCAGGCCGACAGAACCAGCCUGCCUUCUGAGGACAAGAAAGAGGACAGCAUUCAGCCUGGUGAACAGUGCACCAAGCUUAAGGGAACAUCUGCUAUAGAUGCCAAAGAGGAAGUUGAAAAGGGGACUUCACCCAUUGACCUAGGACAACAAAGCGGAGAUCCGGUCGUAGUGGAGUCCGGCCUCCCCACAGACCCCUCACUUCAGUCGAGUUCUCCCAAAACACCAGGCCCCUCAAACCUUCAUACCACCACCAAGGAUCACAUCCAGAGUGAAGACCUCAAGCUUGGGAUGGAUUCCUCUACUGACCGCCAGCUCAAGGAGUCCCCAGAGGGGGAGGGGUUUAAGGCCGCUGAAUCCAAGGUUGAGAAUGUGAACAGGAAUGCAUUCUCAGCUGCUGGGGAUGGUCCAAAGAGCAGAGAUGCAGAGACCGAUGGGAACAGAGAGAGUGGAGCUGAUAGAAAUGGGUUAGAGAAGACUCCAUCAUCAGAGUCCCCCUCAACCACAGCUGAUGUCGACGCAGAGUCCAAACAUGCACAGAAACGGGGGAGUACUAAGAGACAUGGCAAAGCCAAGCGCAAAGGAAAAGACCACACUAAACUUAAAAAGGUGUGUGUGUUACAAUGAGGGAGGUUCUCCUCCUUUCAGGCUAUCAGAAACACCAUCCACUAAGCUUGCAUGGAUCUCACUGGAUCCUUGGUGAUUUAAGGGUCCUGUUUCACUGGCUAUUCUGCAUCUUGGCCAUCCUGCACAUCCCUCCCUUUUCCUUAGUGACCUUUCUGAAGCUAUUUGCAGUUACUGUUCCUGCUUGAGCUCUCUUCCAUGUCUGUGGUAUGGUUAGCCUGGCUGGCUUCCUGUUGGUGCUUUAUGUUUGACUUCCAGGGGCUUUUUGGUGGUUGUAUAUUGUCUGUCAGCUAAUACCGGGUGGUUGGAGAUUCAUAGGCUUGCCAUCAUUGGAUCCCCCUAGUACAUGAGGUGCCCUUAUGAUGGGAGAUGUGAUACCCCUCGCGCCUGACGAAACGCAUACCGACUCACUGAACAUUGCGGGACCUCAGCCAAACUCUGGACCUUAGCAGAACUCUGCCUGUUCUCCCUACCAACACACAGAGAUCAGAUCUGGGCCAGUGGUUUUUGUGGGUCAUGACAGUGUUGUUGAUUCACUUAGUUUGAGUAACUUUUUGUGGAUUUCACAUUUUGUCAAAGAACAUUGCCUCUAUAAAUGUUGCAUUUGAUGUGAACACCAACUACUGAUUUUUGCCAGAUUGUUCUCCAUUUCUUUUUUUAUGAUGAACAUGUCAAGAAAGUAGUUUGUUAGUGUGUUGUGAAUCUUUGUCACUGCCAAGGGAUGUUACAAUCACAGAUGUCCCCUAAAGAUGACAUCACUUCAUGUUAGGUGUGGGGUCUACGGAUCUCGUCUCUUCUAAUAGCCAGUGUGCAGAGUGCACCGAGCAAGCGGCUAUGGCUCUGUCAAGUUUAAAUGUUUUUGCCUCAUACACAGGAUACAAUGGGUGUAAAACAUUACUCUGUGUGCUUUUUAAAUGCACUUUUCUUGAUUUAGAUUUUUAUUAGGAUCUCUUUUUGUCCUCAUUUGGACUAAUCGUCCAAGAGUCCUUAAACUUUAAAAUACAAUCCAGUUUUCACAAAUAACAUGCUGGUACAAACAUACCAUAAUAUAUAAAGUAAAUUAGAAAAAAGAACUAAUGACAAUCUGAAAAGAGGUUGGUUCAGUCAUCUACCAUAGUCGUGCACAACAUCACAAUCCUAUUUCCUAGUGGUUCUAAAGUAUUCCUGAAAUGAUUUAUUGAAAGAUUUAUGGUUUCUCAAUUUGUAUCUUUUUCUUUUCGCUUUGAAUCUAAAUGUUUUACUUCUUUGCUGGUGUAAGACAUGGAUGGUCGAUAUCCCAUUCUUUGUAUUGACUGAAUGUCUCUUAUCAACUGAAUCCUGCAGUGAAUAGAUUUUGGCCAUAAUAAAAAAAGGGUGCUCACUUUA